GAUACUAAUUUGACAACAACAAAUAAAAAUAUGAAAGAUAGUUUAGAAAGUGUACCAUUUUCUGCACCAUCCUCUUCUUCUCCCACCAGCACUCUCAUAACAUAAUGCAAAUCACUCUUCAAUCUUCAACAACCUUUAACAGCUUAACUUCUACUUCAAUUAACACUUCCAAAAAUUAGGGUUUUUCUUUCCCAAUCCCUAAUCUUUGAAAACCACAUUCACUGUAAAACCCUGUUAUUUCAACCAUGAAUUCAUCUUCUUUAGCUUCCUUCAUCCUCACACCACCACCACCAUGCAAAUUCCACCACCCCAUUUUUCAAACCAAACCACAAUUCAGUUUCCACUAUCCCCAUUUCAACAAUUCCAUUUCCCUGAAAUCAAAAUCCAAUUUUUUCACUUCACUUCAAUCCACCAAAUCAUCAUCAAAUACCAACACCCCAGUUUCAAUCCCUGAAGAAAAUGUAUCUUAUGUUCCAGUUGAAGAAUUCAUCGACAAAGAUUGGUCUUUGCUUGAUUAUAGUGGACCAAACAUUGACCGCAUUAUAUCAUUUGGGAAAAUUGAUGAGAAUUCUAGGGUUUUAGUUUCAACUGGUUCUGAAGAAUUUGUUGAUUGUUUAGUUGGUAAUUCAAAAUUCAAGUCUAUGCUUGUUUUGCAUGAUUCACUUUUGAUAUUGGCUCUUCUUAUUGAGAAAUAUGAUAAUAUUAAGUGUUGGCAAGGAGAAGUUACAAUUGUUCCAGAAAAAUGGUCUCCUUUUGAUGUUGUUUUUCUUUAUUUUUUGCCUGCUUUGCCAUUCAAACUUGAAGAUGUUCUUGGUUCUUUGGCUCCAAAAUGUUUACCAGGCGGAAGGGUGAUUAUCAGUCAUCCUCAAGGGAGAGAAAUACUGAAACAGCAACGACAACAGUACCCUGAAGUAGUAGUUUCUGACCUUCCUGACAAAACACAUUUACAAAGUGUUGCAGCUGCUCAUUUCUUUGAUGUCGCUGAGUUUGUGGAUGAACCUGGCUUUUAUUUAGCUGUUUUGAUCAAAUCUAGGACUUAAACAUUAGCGUGGAUCUUUUAAAUAUGCAGUUUGAUUGCACUUUCAUGUGGUUUAGUACUUUAUGAUUGUUAGCUAGAGUUUUUUUUUUUUUUUUUUUUUUUUUU